AGGACCCUACUUACGUAAAACCGAGUAAUGUUCUCGGCAAGAGAAAAUCCCAGAAGUGUGCGAGAUGGAUGGAUGCCCGCGCCAAGCUCCUCUGCUUGGAGUUUCCCCCAUGAACUCCCACUUACCUCUCAUGCUGGCUAAAGGUCCUGACGCAUCUCAGCUUUCUGCUGUGGCCUGGCUAUGCUCUCUGACCCAUUGGGCUGUGUUGCUCAGGCUGCCAUCAGAGCACUGUGAGUAUCUGUGGGUAUGGGGGGAAGGGAUGGUCAUUGAAGGGAGCCUUUAUAAGAAGACUCUGUGUUUGUCUACUUCUGUUGGGUGUCGAGGUCAGUAUCACACUGUGAGGUUUCUUAUACCCUCCCUCGCCCCCCCACUGUGAUCAAAGUGUCUUCCUGUCUUUGUCAAGGAGUCUUUGGCCCACAUGCCUCAGAUCUCCCAAGCUCUGAUUGGGGCACCCCAACCACAGGCUCCGCUUGCCCCAGGGAAUAGACCGGGAGACCCAGAAGAUCACUGCACAGAUGUGGGAGGUGCAGAGGUUUACAGAGAAGGUGACAGAAUGGACAGUCCAGGAGAGACCGGCCUACUUCUUCAUGGCACUGAUAGGAAAAAACUAGAAGAAACCCAUAGCAGAGAGUUCCUUCAGAGUGCAGAGUUCCGCAGGAGUGGUGGGGCUUGUCUCGGCUGUAAACCCACCGGCUAUUUGGGAUGUGAUAUGCGAACAAAAGCCUUGUCUUGUUGGGCUCCGCUGGUGGAGCAGCUGUCCCAGAACUGCCUUAUUCCUACAACAGAGGGCAGUGGAGGUGUGAGCCCUGGGGUAGGUGAGCCGGGAGAGGGAAGAGCGAAUGACACCUAGGAUGCAGAUAAAAUAGGAAUGACUAUCCCAGUCCUUAGAGUUUGUCCCUGGCUUGGCCGGGUUUCUGUCCCAGAAUCUGGUUGGAUGUAUCGAGUCACUCCUCUAUAGGGACCCCUCUCACCACUGCUCCCAGGCUGGGGAACCCCAACUGGGACUACAGGAGCUUAAUGAGGAGACAAAGGCAUCAACUGAUAGACUCAGGGGUAACCAGAAGGCCCUCUGUGGAGGUCAGUCUUUCCUGGCAAAGACCCCUCCUGAGCAAUAACCCUCGCUCUGGGUUUGCUGUGUCUUCUCUCCUGAGGGCCAGGUCUCCCCGCUUCUCCAUGUUUUGUUCUGCUUUUUUAAUUGAUUUCAGAGGGCCUCUGAGCCCUGCUGGGGCAGCCUUGGGUCCGGCCGCAGAGCCGGCUGGAGUCCACUCACCUGCGCCGGCUUGUGUGUCGCAUCCCCACUAUACCCAGUUGCAGUCGCUCUGCCGGGCUUGAGUGCCCCCAGGCCCAGUGCCCGCUAAUAACUUCCAGCCGCGGGGACCUUCUUUAAGAGCUUUCAGCAGGAGUGGGGCGGGGAGGAGGGAGCCAGGUCAGGAGACUGAGGUCCUUCCUAGGUGGGAUGGGGAUCUUAGCACAGUCAAUUCUGAGCUCCUCGGAAUUUUGCAAAUCUCCGGCUCUGCGACCAGGGAAAGCAAUUUUAUUGCCUACGAGAGUUUAUGAGCUGGAGCGGCGGCUAGGCGGGAGGGGGCGGCCCAGGAAGAGUCCAGCCAGAGUGAGCACAGGGCCGCGCUGGCAGCGCGGAGCAGCCAGGGGGCCAGUGACUUCGCCGGCUUCUCUGCGCGCCCCCGUAGCCUGCAGAAGAAAUACCGCUGCCGGGACGUCUACCGGCUCCAGACCCACGGCGGCCAGGGGUUAGGGAGUGGGGGCGCAGGAGGAGGGGCACUCGGGGCUCGGGCCCAGCGUGGGGGGCGGGUCCGAGGCGGGGGCCCAGAUCGGGAACCGCGCGCUGGGGCCCAGGCGGCUGCGGAGCCGAGCACAGCGGGCGGCAGGACGGCCGCAGCCCGCCCGGCCGGCCAUGAGCUCGGGCCCCGAGCCCCGGACAGCCCGCACACCCUUCAGCAUCGCGGAUAUCCUAGGCCCUGGCAUGGCCCCUCGAGGACCCUCUGCGCCGCAGCUUCCAGAGUCCAGCCCAGGUCCCACGUCGCCGCUAUGCGCGCUGGAGGAGCUGACGAGCAACGCUUUCCGCGGACUAGACGGGCUCGCCCUGCAGCGCUCCGAAGGCCGCGCGGCCCCAGGCGCUCUGGGCCACGGCCCCGCGGGCCGCAGACGGCGCAAGUCCCGCACGGCGUUCACGGCGCAGCAGGUGCUGGAGCUGGAGCGGCGCUUCGGGUUGCAGAGGUACCUGGCGCCCCCCGAGCGGGACGGGCUGGCGGCGAGGCUCGGCCUGGCCAACGCGCAGGUCGUCACGUGGUUCCAGAACCGGCGCGCCAAGCUCAGGCGCGACGUGGAGGAGAUGCGCGCCGAUGUGGCCUCGCUGCGCGCGUUGAACCCCGAAGUCCAGGGCCGCCUCGCGCUGCCAGACAGCGCCCGCGGUCUCAGUCUUGGCCUCGGCCUGGGCCCGGCGCGGCCGGACUCCGGGCCCCGCCUGUCGGACGAGGAGAUACAGGUGGACGAUUGAAGGCAAAGCCGCCGCCCUCGCUCCGGAGCGGAGACUUCUAGCCCUCUCGCCCCUGCACCCCGCACCCGGUCCGGGGUGCGGAUGGAGGGUGGCUGUCGACCUCAGCCUCUUCCGGCUCACAGUGCAGACGCCCACCUUUCCUAGUUAUUGAGAAUAAAGAGGAGACUCCAUUGCGCCCCGCCUCAAUCCCGCCCCGAGCGGCGAGAGCAAAAUCUGCUGGUUAUUUCGGGUAUUCCUUGCUUGGCAUGUGCGGAGCCGUUUUCUUUAACCCUCAUGGCAAGCAACCCUACAAGGUAGGUGAUCUGAUUGUGGCCAUUGUACAAAGGAAGAGCCCCUGGUGGGGACUGGCCCCUGGCAUCUCGCCGGCCUUCAGAGCUCAGGAGACUCGGGGCUGCGCAGGGGGAUGA